UUUGAUUUGAAUAUAUUAUUGAUUUGAAUUUUCAAAUUUUUCUAUGGAUAAUUAAAAGUGAUACGAACAUGUGUGUAAAUUGGUUAUAAAUGGAGAUGAAAUUAGGCCGAAAUACGUGGAGAUUGGAGAGUGAACAGAUAGCGGGUGCCGGACGCGAAUAUGAAUGCUUAUCCUGUUUUAACUAGAAUGACGUGUGACGACAGCCUUAUCUAACACGAUGCAGUAGCAACUGCGUGGCACCUCAACCAAGACAAUAAUACCAGCCUUGAGAUGAUGAAUGCGACGGAACCAAACCUCGAUUUCAACAGAUCUACACCUAUAUAUAUGAUCGGAACGAAUUUUAUAACUCAAUGGAAACUACAGAAGCUGAAACAGCGUGCCUGUAUCACCACAUCUAGCUAUCCUGACUGCCAAGGAGCUUCUAAUAUCACCAACUAUACAGAUAUUCUAUAUUUCAAUAACACAAUUGAAGAUGCGAUCACAAGCGAUCAAUUGCAACCCGUGCUCCCACCAUUCCCGCUUUGGCUGGCAGCGAUCAUUGCAACCUGCCUUGUUCUGGUGAUUCUGUUGACUGUCAGUGGAAAUGUUCUGGUUCUCCUGGCCUUCCUCGUGGACAGAACAAUACGUCAGCCUAGCAACUAUUUCAUCGCUUCACUCGCUGCAACAGAUCUAUUGAUAGGUACAUUGUCUCUGCCAUUCUACACAGACUACGUUUUGAAAGGAUACUGGCAUUUAGGGCCAUUGUUAUGUGACCUUUGGCUAUCCGUAGAUUACACUGUAUGCCUUGUAUCACAAUACACGGUACUAUUAAUAACAGUCGAUAGAUUCUGCAGCGUAAAAAUAGCUGCAAGGUACCGAGCGUGGAGAACAAAGAAUCGUGUUAUAUGGAUGGUCACUGUUACUUGGAUUAUACCGGCAUUGCUAUUCUUUACAACUAUUUUUGGCUGGGAACAUUUCGUUGGAUUUCGAGACUUACAGGAAGGAGAAUGUGCCGUACAAUUUCUAAAAGACCCAGUAUUCAAUACAGCUUUAAUUAUUGCAUAUUAUUGGACAACGCUUAUAGUUUUAAUCGUUUUAUAUGCAGGAAUUUUUAAGACUGCUUACGAUAUGCAAAAGAAAAGUGAAGCGAAACAAAGAAAAAUGCAAUCAAUGGUAGCUUUAAGCGCAGGAGUUAUGACUGGUAUGGCUGGAAGAGCUGCUGGCAUGGCUACGAUUUCAAAAGCUACGGUCUCUAGCGAAGAUCAAAUAAAAGUGUCUGAAUCUAUACGUAAAGAAUCGACCUCAAAAGGUUCUUUGACAGCACCUUUGACAAACUUGGGUGGUUCUUCUGAUUCAAAUUCUAGUCAAAAAUCAUCAGCGCACAAAAGUAGUGCGACUGUGACAGGAACUUCAACAACGGCUGAAUCUGACGGAGAUAAAAAAGAUGAACAAGCUGAAGCAGAAAGAUCUAGUAGUCCAGCGUUUGAUUCUGACGAUGAAAGUACUACGCAAAAUGUAAAAAAGCGGCCUUCAGUCGUUAAUCUUGUGAUGCAGACAGGCACUAUACAGUUGCUAGGUAACAUGCGCUUGAAUGGCGGCAUGCUUAUGAAACCCGAAUUAAAAUCAACGCAAAUUAUCAAGCACGACCUAGACAAACCAAAGUCAUCACUAUCGCAAAUAUCAGAGAAGAGUAUUCUAGAGACUGAAUCUAUACAGUCACACAAUGGACAUCCUGCAGUAAGUUUGCCACUCUCAUCCGCUAGCAACAUCUCGCCUUCAUCAUCUGGAAUAGAUUCAUCAUUAGAAAGGGAAGUUUCAAAUACGAUUGCCCAAAGAAUCAUCCCCCCUCCAUCAGAAUUCCGCUGUAGCCCCACGGUAUCUGAAAGCCCUCCAUCUCAUUCAGAAUCAUCUAGAUCUAAGGUCUUUAGACUAAUUAAAUGUGAUGGCAGUGGCUAUGAUUUCUUAUUAGGACUAGAUGGUGCUGAUUUGCGAUACAUGGACGAGAGUUCCAUUAUAGUGCCGACACCUCAGAAUGAAAGCCCUCCAUCUUCUCUUACAUUCCCAACCGCUACUGAUCCACCGUCUCCUCCAACAUUGAAUUCAGGUAAUGUAACAAAUACUUCCUUAUUACAGGCUGCUCUUAUUCGAGCGACUGCUGAAGCACAAGUUACACCCAAACCAAACCAAACUCCUCCACAGCCUGUUAAAGUUAAUACGGAGGUAAGUUUAACGGCUGGAGAAUGCCCUAAACCUGUCAUCACCCUAGUGUCGUCUUCCAAUAAUAAUGAUCCACAAACACCAAAGCCAAAGGAAAAUAAGGCAGUGCCACUGAGACUAAAUGCUGUUUUAAGCCCUGCAAUUGAAAGCAGUGAUGUUUCAAGUCCUGCAGUGAGUGGAUCAUGUCGGGGUGAUUCAAGAAAAGAAUUUGUAAAGAGUAUAGGUAAAAAAUUUAAAGUAAGACGUUCAAAACGCGAUGGCUUAUUUCCUAGUAUUGGCCGCCAGAAAUCAAAGUCAGAGAAUAGAGCGAGAAAAGCUUUCAGGACCAUAUCUUUCAUUUUAGGCGCGUUCGUUGUAUGCUGGACUCCAUAUCAUAUUUUAGCUUUAGUUGAAGGUUUUUGUACAGAACCUCCGUGUAUAAAUCAACAUUUAUAUAUGUUUUCGUAUUUUUUAUGUUACGCAAACAGCCCAAUUAAUCCAUUUUGCUAUGCAUUAGCCAAUCAACAGUUUAAAAAAACUUUUAUGAGACUCUUAAAGGGUGACUUUCAUGUAACGUAAACAUUCAUAUUGCUAAUAAAUUUUGGUUAAUUAACAAAAUUAACGGUAUGACUGUACAGUAAAAAUAUACUUUAGUGUAUGUUAUGAAAAAUUGCGUAAUCAGCUCUUAU